AUGUUGCCAAACAAGGUUCUUCUAGGCUUUAUUCCUGUUGCUUUUGCAGAUAUUUUAGGAGUCUCACCGGAAAAGCAGGCACUUUACACUCCGAAUGAGCAGAGCAAAUGGCACUGCUUGCUGGACCCUACAAUCGAGCUUCUGUUCGAGCAAAUAAACGACGACUUUUGCGAUUGUCCGGAUGGUUCCGAUGAGCCAGGGACUAAUGCUUGUGAAUUCACGAAAGACUUGCCGAAAUACUUUUACUGUGCCAAUGAGGGUUACAGAGAGGCAUAUAUUGAGAACUUUAAACUCAACGACGGGGUGUGUGAUUACGAUAUUUGCUGUGACGGAUCUGACGAGUACAAAAGUGGCGCCUGCCCCAACGUGUGUGAUCAAGUAAAAACUCAGUUCGAUGAUUUCUUGAAGGUGAAGAAAGCCACUGUAGAAGAGGCUUUAGAGACUAAAAAGGAAUUGGAACAUAAGGCACAUAAGUUAAAGCAGCAGCUUGUUGACAACGCAAAAGCCCUCGAAAUUGAAAUCUCUCGAGACGAGACUCGCUUGGCUGCUUUCAAAGAAGAAUUGGAACAAAAUACAUCUGCAGGUGAUGAAAGGGAUGACGCGGGCACGUCUGCUAUUGAUACAUUUGUUCUGGAGCACUCGCGUAAGCUAAAAGGGCGAUUUCUGCAAUUUGAAGAAUACGCUAGGCGAAACAAUGAGAAAAUCAGGAACUUAGAGGCCAUGUUGCACAACCUUCUUGAAAACUACAACCCCAAUUUCAAUGACCAAGCAGUGAAGCUUGCCGUGUCAUCAUUUGCUGACUAUGUUUCAAACAAGCCUGAGGAUGAAGGUGUUCCCAGCAUGAAUCUCUCUGAAUUCAGCUUGGAUCAAAUCCCGCAAAUUUGUCAUUCUUCUGAAACAAAUCUUCAAAACGUGGUUCACGAAUCCCUCAAUUCGUUUCAAAGACUUUACAUGGGAUUUCGCACGGUUCUUGGAUUGAUGGAGCCCUCCUCUAAUGAGAACAAAGUUUCUGCUCCGCCGAGCGAGAAGGCGGAGCAGCUCUCGACUGAAAUUAAGAAGCUAGAGGCGACAUUGCAACAGAAAAAUUCUGAGAAAUCCAUAUACAUAGAUGGGUUGAACACCGACUACGGCGAAGGAGAUAUAUACCGGGCCGUCAAGGGCCAAUGGGUCCACAAAAAAAUUGGCGAGUACAACUACAAACUUGGUUUUCUCGAUUCCCUAUAUCAAGAUAAUACUUUGAUCGGACGGUUCUAUGGACUUCAUGGAAACUCAAUGCAUUUUGCAAAAGGCAGCAAAUGCUGGAACGGGCCGCAGCGCUCGGCGCAGGUUGACAUGAUAUGUGCGCCUCGUCAUGAAUUGAUCUCCGUCAGUGAGCCUGAAAAGUGCCAGUACAAAUUUCUCAUGGGCUCUCCGUUAGCGUGCAAGAACAUUACCGACGAAGAAAUCGCCGCGGAAUUUAAGGUUGACCAUGCCCUGUUGAACAUCUAG